GCACUGCUGACAGCCUCACGCCUGCCACCCCGACAGAGAGCAGCAGCCCCAGUCUGCGGAGACAAACCCCCGACCGGGACUCUGCGCUCUCCCUCUCCUCCAGCACGCAGGGCGAGUUUUCCGAGCCAGUCUUCCCUGACCAGCCCACGUCGUUCCUGGACUCGAGCGCUCUGAAGACCCGGGUUCAACUGAGCAAGAAGAGGAUCAAGCGCACCCUGCCCUCGCGCUCUGUGCGCCUCAGUGGAGUGCCAGCAGGGGGCGACAGGCUCUCAGUCCUGCUGGAGAACACAAGGGCAGAUGACUGGAUGUUUAAGGACUCCACAGAGGAGAAGGCAGUGCAGCAGGCUGAGGAGGAGGAGGAGGAGGAGGAGGAGGAGAGACCCAGGCGGAGUGAUCGAUCCCCAGCCUGGCAGCCACAGAGAGUCCCCCUCUUCCCUGGGAUGGACCCCUCUGCUCUCAAGGCGCAGCUGCGGAAGAGAACAGACUCGGACAGUCCAGCAGAGGGGUCCCCUUCCUCCCAGCUCCCCAAAUCCCCCUUCUCGCAGGGGACUGCUGGCUGCAGAGUGCUGCCACCUGCUGGGGGUAAAGAGAAUGGCUCUGAGGAGAUGUCUCCACAGUGGAUGAAGGAGCUGAAAUCCAAGAAGCGUCUGAGCCAAUACGAGAGCAACCCCUAGGAGGGGUUAAACAAGGGAGAAGUGGGAGGAGUUAUAACAGAAGCCUUAACCUUUGACCUGGACUUGAAUUCACGCUGUGCUGCUGCUGCUGUCGUGACACUUCCUGUCUUGAUGUUCUAUGUGCAUGGUGCCUUCUUAGAAAUAUUGUUGUGGACAAAACAGAGCUGCUUUAUGUUUGUACAGUAAAUGGCUAUAUUCCAGGACAUUGGAUUCUGUGAGCUGCAGUAGCGUACAAACACAGAACUGGGGGGCCCA